GAUAACGAAACUAUUAAUAAUGUAUUAUAUACCAGUAGAUCUACCGGUUGCUGUUUUCUAUAUAGCCUCCUGUUGGAGCUAGUUGAGCGUGCAUUUGCAGCAGCUCCCAAGAUCUGCAGUAGUCUAGUUUUCCGAGCCACAUUCUCCGCGUUUUUACUCUUAUUGUUUUAAAUGAUGUCUGCUGUUCGAAUGGAGGAUCCGGCUAGCUCCAGCAACACGACCAGGACUGCAGUAAUAGGAACGUUCUCUUCUCAAGUCAUUGCAUUUGCUCUUUUUGGAAGAGUCUCAAGGCUUUCUUGUGCAGCAGAGGAGAGUGCCCCCAGCUUCUCAGACAGCAUCAAUCAGGUCUCAAAGCAGUUCCCUGAUAUCCCUGAUAUUUUUCGCUUUGGGCCAUCGACUGUGAAAUUCCGCUCUGUCGGUGUAUUCUGUCGACAGUUUUUGAACCAAGGAGCAGUGUUAGGUCCAUUCACUGGAAGGAAGCUCUCAGUUGAGGAGGUCAUUACACUCAAAUUGAAAUCUUAUUGGGAGAUUCAUCAAGAUGGCAAGGUCCAGUACUGUGUUGACGGUUCCGAUCCACACUAUCGUAACUGGAUGUACUUCAUUCAAUAUGCACGUCAUCAGGACGAGCAGAACCUAAUGGCCAUCCAACACGAAGAGAGAGUCUACUUCAGAGCAGUGAGGGACAUACAGCUAGGAGAGGAGCUCCUGGUCUGGUAUGACAAGUAUCAGUAUGACCUGUACAUGGGGAUACCUCAGGGAUUCAAGGACUCGCUAUCUGCAGAAGAAAACAGUCAAGAUGAUGAAAUAGAAGACGAUAGUGAAAACGAAGAAAUUGAAGUAGAAGAGACAGACGAUGAAGAUGAUGGAUUAGAGCAGGAAGCAGGACGACAACAACACUCGCCAUUCCAGCACACAAAUUGUCAACAAAACACGUCAUCACCGAUUCCAAUACACUCAACUCUACCAGGAAUAUCAGCAGUCACACCAUUCACUAUGUAUCACCAUACUCCCCAUCCCACCCAGCCUCCUUCCAUUCCAGGGAUUCCCAACGUCCAAUGGCUGAAGCCACACGGGAUAGGAAAUGCACCCCCUGUCCUCUCAAUGCCACCAAACUGGCCUAAUUUCCUCCCUCUCUCUCCCACAAAUAUCGGUAAACCCUCAAACCUCGACAUGUUUGAGCGCUGGGCAGACGGUACGAGAUGGAGGUGUCAGAUCUGUCAGAGGAUAUUCACUUCCCAAGGGAGCCUCCGUGCCCACGCCCGGAUACACACCGGAGAGAAGCCGUACCAGUGCCAGUUCUGUAAGCGAGUCUUCACGCAGGCUUCAACUCUACGCAGUCACGAGAGGCUCCACACCGGAGAGAAGCCGUACAAGUGUGAUCACUGCGGGAAGGCAUUCACUCAAUCGGCUGGUCUCAGGUCUCACCUCAAGACUCACUCGAUGCAUUAAUGAUGCAUAAACAAGGAUAUUGAGAACAAUUGACUAUAUACUCUAUACAUUCACACACCACCAUGUUUGUCUAUCACUUAUUUAACCAGUAUACUUUAAUUUUGUCUCUUGUGCUUUUCUUGCUUGUUUCACUUUUUCAAUG